AUGGAAAGCAAUUCUUCCCUCCAAUCGACGAGAAGUGAUUCAAAUUUUAAUGAGAAAAUGAAAGAAGGGGUGGUCUUCUCAGAGAAGAGCCCGGCAUAUGAUAUAAAGAAGGAAGCAGAAGACACACAUUGGAAUGAGAAAGAAAGGAGAAGUAGCAGAGAAAAUAGAAGGUUAUCAUGCUGCGGACGCAUUAUCUGCGGGGAAUGUAUAGAGGGCAAUGAGAGAUUCGGGAGUUACUGUCCUUUCUGUCAGGUUAGGAGUGCAGAAGCGGUGGAUAAUACAGUAGCAGCUUCCACGCCGUCGGAACAACCACCCUCCUACGAAUCCCUUCAUUCUUCCGAAUCGAAUUCACGAGCUUCCCCUCCUACUUACUCUCACACUCUAGACUCAAAAUCAGAAGCCCAAACUCAGUCACAGUCGAGAAACGAACCACAAUCUGAAGAUACCCUCCACUUCCUCUCGCACGCCACCGAUUCCAUGACUUCUCUAUCCUUUCGCUACGGUGUACCAAUUGAUGUGUUGCGAAAGAAAAAUGGUAUAACAAGUGAUCACCUCCUUCUUGCCAGAAAAACAAUAUUGAUACCUGGGGAAUGGUAUAAAGGGGGAGUGAGUUUGAGCCCGCGGCCUGUGGAAGGGGAGGAAGAAGAGAGGAGGAAGAGUUGCGUGAGAAGAUUCAUGGUUGGGUGUAAAGUUUCUGAAUACGACAUUGCAGUCCUAUACCUCGAACAAGCGAACUACGACCUAGAGCUCGCAAUGGGAAUAUACAAAGAUGACGAGAGAUGGGAGAAAGAAAAUCCUAUAUCGGAUAAAGGGAAAGGAAAAGGGAAGUCGAGAUAUGAUGUUGCGAAGAGAAGAUUCACAGGACAGAGAUCAUGA